UAGGGGUGCGGGGUGGGGGGGCACCGGGCGCAGCAGUUUGGAGCUGAGCCGGUAAUCAAGCCAAACGCUCCUCCUGCAGCUGCGACUCAACUUUUCUCUUUGUUCCCGUGUGCACGGGUCCGACCCGGCCCGGUCCACGCAGCUCGGUUCGGCUCGGUUCGGUUCUGCUCGGCCUGUCGCGGCUCUGAAAGUUUGAGGCAGGCGGCAGCGGCGAGGCGCGGCGGAGGGCAGAACUUUCCGGAGCGGCUGCAGACAAACGGAGCGGCGGGGAGAGUUUGGAGGAAGGUGGCAGCGGAGCUCCGAGCGGCUCGGUGAGACUCCAGAGUUACAUAAGAGAAGCCAUAAAUCCUGAAUGAGCUCCGCGCUCCGCGCUCAGCUCCACGCUCUGCGCGUAAAUGUGCCACUGAGUUCACUUCCCAGCUGAAGGCAGGACGCAUGGACGGACCAAGUGACGCGGUUCUGGCCCGGUUCUGACCGAGUGAAGAUGAAACUUUGGGGCAGGUGGUCCUCCUGGAUGCAUGUUUGGGAUAUUUCUUUUACUUUGGAGGGCGACGCGUGUCCGUGAAGCUGGUAGUUGCCCGCGCAUGAAGCCGUGCGUCCUGCGCCUGAACGACAUGGAUGAUUUCCUGAGCGGUUCGACGCCGAGCGGCACAAUGAAGCCGACCUGCCGCAAAUAAGACUCUGUGUUGGUCUCCGUGGAUUUAAAGCAACCGAAGAACCUCGGGACCCGGAGAGGUUUUUUUCAUGUGCUUCGGUUCUGGCUCCCCCCGCGGCUCACAACGCGCUCACAGCUGAACCGAAGAGACGCGAAUGUUCGCCGGGACGCAGCGCGCCGCGCCGCCGCUCAUGGAGCGCUCCGGGCGGCCGCCGCUGCCGCUGCCGCCGCCGCUGCUGCUGCUCGGGCUCCUGCUGCGCCUCUGCUGCGCGGUCACCGACGACCGGCUCAUCUCCGACCGGUACGCGGUCUACUGGAACAGCUCCAACCCCAGGUUUUUCCGGGGCGACUACACGGUGGAGGUGGCCAUCAACGACUACCUGGACAUCUACUGUCCCCACUACGAGGUGCCGGAGCCGGCCGAGCGCAUGGAGCACUACGUCCUCUACAUGGUCAACUACGACGGCUACAUGAGCUGCAACCACUACAGGAACGGCUUCAAGCGCUGGGAGUGCAACCGGCCGCAGAGCCCCAACGGGCCGCUCAAGUUCUCCGAGAAGUUCCAGCUCUUCACGCCCUUCAGCCUGGGCUUCGAGUUCAGGCCGGGACACGAGUACUACUACAUCUCGUCCCCACAUCCAAACCUGGCUGGGAAACCCUGCCUGAAGCUCAAAAUCUACGUCAAACCAAGCAAUGACUCCAUUUACGAAUCUCCGGAGCCCUUCCUGACCGACGACACCACCGGCGGCAGCAGCCUCGCUCUGCCCUCUGCCAUAUUGCUCUCGCUCCUCCUCUUCCUCCUGCUCGCUUCCUCGUAGCACCUCCUCCUCUUCCUCCCGCCGCUGCGAGGACAGAAUAAAGGAAAAUGAAUCCACCUCUUGCUCCCUAGACUCUGGUCCUUUUAUUGGACAUCGAUGCGGAGUAGGAGAUCAGCAACAGGAGGCGUUUUGAGCUGCGCCUCGAUUCCACGCGGAGUUUCUGCAAACUUUUCUGCUUUGUGAUGUUUCUGUUAAAAAUGCGCUGUUUAACAGAUCUACAAGCCGAGACUCCACUGACUCCCAUGUUCAACCGUUCACCGCUGGCUGGAUUUUAUGCAUAGUACAAAUUCUUAAAAAGAAAAAACACUAAAACUGACCUUGCAUGAGAUCAUUUAUCGAAGUUUUAUUUAUAAUGUGGUUAAUUUUAAAGCUGAUGCCAAAGUUUUAUAAGUCCUAGAGCCAAACCCCAAGGCCGUGCCAUUAAAGUGGUUUUCUUAAUUUCUUUAAAAGAAUUCAGCAUCAUUGCACAGAAAUCAACAGUGCAGAGAAAAUAGUUGCCUCUUUAACAUUUGGAAGAUUUAUAUAAAAAUAAAAUAAAAAUAGCUUGAUCUUGUCAGAAAUCAUGCUUAAGGGAUCAAUUAAUUAUCAGGAAGUCUUACUGUGCUUUUGUUAAAGAUGCAGCUUACACAGGAUGGAGUAAUAGCUAAAAAAAAGUCUGGAAAUCUCUGGAAACAUCCAGUUAUAGAUGAGUUAUAAACAUAAAUUUAUUUGGAAAUAAUGUUGAGGGGUUGAGCUCUUCUGCAUUUAAAACUGACUGGAUCUUUAUGCAGGAUCUUUGAGGGAAAAUUGCAAAAAACAAUUAAGAAUAAAAAGUUACAUCUUUCACAGCUGGUCUCUUUUACAUAAACAAAAACUGUAAUAAUUUAGAAAAAAUAAGCAACUUUACUUUCUGAAUUGUUAUCUUCUGCGUUUCUGAGAAAAUAAAUUUUUACCGGGGUUUAAAGGAUUUUUUUUAAUUUAUUUUCCAAAAUAAAUUAAAAAGACCCACAUUUACUUUUCUCUACAGAUUUAAUAACCAAAUUAAAGAAAUCAAAAUAAAGGUACAUAGCCACAUUAUAUGCUUAAAAAAAGACCGAAAACCGUUUGAUCAAGAUAAAAUAAGAUUAUAUACACCAAGCCACCAUCCUGAUAAUGUGUUGAUGGUCCUUUUUGUGGACAAAAAUAGCUAAUCAACUGGGCAUGAUUAGCAGAUAUAGACAGAUGUGGCGCCAUCUAGUGACAGUAUCACAGAACUG